AUGUCAACCGACACGAAGGAACUUUACGCCACUCGAAAGGCUUCGAAUGACGACGAAGAUUUCAUGCAGAGGCACAGGUUGCAGUUUGCUGAUAGCCUCAAGGACUUAAAGAAUCUGAGGAAACAACUUUACUCGGCUGCAGAUCGUUUCGAAUCAUCCUACAACAAAACCGAUCACAACCAAAUUGUGAUUCAACUGUCGAAAGAUUACAUUGCUAAAGCUCUCGUGAGUACCGUGGAUCACUUGGGCUCGGUGGCUGAUAAACUCAACAAGUCGUUGAAUGAAAGGGCCAGCGAAUUUUGUUCAGCCAAUGCACAACUUGCUUUCAUCGAGCAGAGAUUAAGCGUGUUUCAAGAAUUCAUCGGCUCGGAUGCCUUUUCACGACAAUCGUUAAUGAUGGAAAAUGUCGGCCACCAAAAGCACUACGCUCUUCAAGACAAAGACUCUCUAAAGGUCUGUGAAGUAAGUGAAGACAAGUCAUUUUCUGAAGAGUUUCAAGGAGCAAGAAAGAAGCCAUUGUUGAGAAAACAACAGUCAAAGAUGAUGCCCUCGAGAGAACAAUCACCGAAUCCUCUUAGUUUUUCGUUCACAAAAGUAGUACCAAACAAGGAAGCAGACAAAACCGGGAGGCGCUCGAUUUCACCAUUUCGCUUAAUCCUGCGCAAUCGGUCAGCUUCCGACACCAAAAGAUCAGUUUCCCCAAAUCUGAUCAGUAGACCGAGGUGGCCAUCAGAGCCAAGGAGGGCAGUUUCAGAAUGUAGAAGACAACAAGAGACGAAAAACAGAGAUAAAAAGGAGAUCGAAACUUACACAACUUCGGCAAGCAAACAACUGUUCAAGGCCUUGAUCAGCGUCCACCGAUUGGGAAAAGAGAUUUCACACGAAAGCAUAGUAGAGUGA